GUAUUUUUCUGUGUGUGUAUGUGUUUUAUUAGACUCGUUGGAUGUAUUACGUCUGAGAGAAAAUUUGUUUGCUCUAUACACGACUUUGGAGAUCGAGGUCAGUAGCAGUAGUAGUUAGUUUCAAGAAACGGGAGAGGAGAAAAUUUUUUCGCAAUUCUAUUCUCGAUGGCUUGUGGUGUCAUGUAUUUCAAAGAUAAGGACAAAAGUAAAAAAGGGUAUCUUGAAGGACACAGAAUUCUCCAUAUUGCAAACUUUUUAGAACUCGGUCUAUUUUUACGGUUAUUUUUCACAUUUACUGAAUGGAAAUUUAAUUUGAAAGUAGGGAUCCAUCGAGGGCUAUUUAGUUUGAAAGAAUCUCCUUGAAGCUGAAAAUUCGACAUUAAGAAUAAAAACACGAGGUCAAUAGGGCAGAAAGUUAAGGAAGUGGUGUUGAUAAAAAAUCAGCAAACUGGCGCCGUUUAAGCUUCGCUUUUCAAAGAUGUCAAAGUCGCGGAGUGGAGGAAGUAGUAGUAGUAGUGUUGAAUCUGAUGAUCCUCACUCACUACCAAAUGUGUCGACAGAUUCAGAUGGAUUUUCGGAAUUGCAAAGCACUGGAGCCAGUAGCAUCGUUUCGCAAAAUUCAACAAUACCGUAUUCACCUCCACCAUCCUAUGAACACGUUCUCGAAGAGACAAGACUUGAGAGAUCAGCGUCAACUGAGGAUGAAGACGGAGAAAAUACAGUGGUCCAGAAUGGAUCGUCUGGCAUAGAAGAAAUUUUAGAUAGAGGAUAUAGUGAUGAACAACAACUUCACAAUCACAUGAUUUUGCACAACAAGUCCAGCAAAGAACUUUAUAAAGCUGUGGCUAAACAAUGGGGUCUCACUUGUAAAAUGAGCGAUCACUGCAGAUGUUUUGAUUGUCAGAGUCGUUACUUUGAUUGCGAUUUCGAAAAGGAUGGCUAUCAAGGAACUGACGGUGGAUUAGGAGCCGGAACUCCGAUGUUUAUCUCAGAAGUAAUGCACGGUACAGCCUGUUCUCUCCUGUAAAUCGAGAUACAACAUCUCAUUGACAGAUUAACUCCAUUUCAGCGAUGAAUCGCGAAAUGACUAUGAAUCAUCGAAAAAUUACCAAUAAAAAUGAAGCAAUUUUCGUAAAUUUUCAGCUUCAAAAAAAAAAAAAUCCUCUACAUCAUCUUGAAGGGAUAGAAAAAAAAACAGUGAAAGUUGAAAACUUGAAAUAUGCAAAGAAGUUAAGUGCAUUGUUUGAGAAAUGGCUUUUUCAAAUUAAAUGCAUUUACCUUCUUUAUAUUUCUUUCAAAGCGAAUUUGCCUUUUGGAGAGACACUCUAAUAUUUGUCACAAAAACAACUUUCUAAGUGGACUAUAAAAAAACAAAAAAAAAAUUGUCAUUUUAUAAUGAAACAUAAAAUGAAAUAAAAAUCAAAUUUUUGACAAUUGUUAGAAUUUGAAAUUUUGAUUGUACAAGGGAUCUUUUGUUUGAAAAUUAAUGUUUUAUUUUAAAUUUUAUAGUAAAUAAAACAGAAUUAUUUUAUCAAAUUUUCUAUAUAAUAUUCGUUGAAAAUAUUUUAUUAAUUUUAAUUUUAGUAUGAAAAUUAUUUUCUGGAAUGAUUUAAAUUUAAAUGUUUAAUUGAUAUCAAGGAAUGUAAGAGAAAAUAAUGAAAACUUUAAGUAGAACAUUUGGAAUUUGAAUUUGGUGGAAAUUCCACUAAAACCCAAAUGCCGUAAUUAUUUAAAUGAAAUAUAUUUUCAUAAAUAGUUUGAAAUUUUUGAUAAAUAAUACACAAAUGUUUCCUAAAAAUAUUUAAUACAAUGUAAACAUUGCAUAAAAUUAUGAAUUUAAAACUUGACAUAUUUUUUAAAGCUUUUACGCAAGCUCUGCGAGAUAAGUGAAAUUUUUUUAUUAAUUUAAUACUGAAAAUUAGACAUUUAAGAAAGAAAAAGAAAAAAUAAAAAUUUUGACAUUUAUUUUCGAUAACUUUUAACACAAGAUCCCUCAAAAUAGAACAGUUGGCUUUGUCUUUUUUGGAAAAACAGACAAAAUCGAAUCGAUUUAUAUACAAUUUUGCUAAUUGUAAAAUUAUCUGACCCUUUUUUGAAAAAUGCAAAAAAUUUUAGGGUCGAUGAUUUGUCUACAUCCUGAAAAAAGUAAUCUCAUAUUUAGAGGAAAAAUCCUCUUCUAAUAUCCUCUCAAUUAUUCUUCUUAAAAUAAAAGUAUUCCACUUGAAUGUAGAAUAUUUUUAUUCUUUGGUGACUAAUAAUAAAGCAAAACAAUUUUUUUGAGGUUCUGAUGUCAAAAACAUUGAAUUAAAGUUAAAUAAAUAAACAAAUCUAUUAAUUAAUGUAAGUAAUUAACUAUAAAUCAUUAAUUAUAUUUAAUAUUUAAUUAAAGAUAUUUAAUUUAGUUCAUGAUAAUAGCUUUUCUUUAUCAGUUUAUAACCAUAAUUGUCAAAUUAUAUGCGAGAGGAAAAUCCUAUCAAGUGAAGACUAUUACUUUUGAUACAAUAUAUAAGAGGAAAAUAUGCAUCAAAUUAAGAGGAAUUCGCUAGAAUCAAGAUUACUUUUUUUAGGGUGUACAAGAUUUUCUUCUUGAUUGAAAUUCGCGAGGAAAUUGUAACUAUAUAUUAUUGUAAUAAACAAUCAAAAAAAAAGAAAAAA